UCGCCCGGAAGUGCCCGCAGGUCGGACGUGGAGCUGGCGGGGCCCGGCGCUCGGUAGCGCAGCAGGCAAGGUGGGUGCCAUGGCCCUGAUUGAAGGGGUGGGUGAUGAGGUGACCAUCCUUUUUGCGGUGCUGGCCUGCCUCCUGGUGCUGGCCCUUGCCUGGGUCUCAACACACACCACCGCCGAGAGGGCUGACCCACUACCCCAGCCAUCAGGGACCCCACCUCCACCACAGCCCAGCAAAGCCGAGACAGCCACUGAGAACCUCAGAAGAGCAGCUCCUGGAGCCGAGGCCCCCAGCCUGAGACACCGAGGGCAAGGUGGACAGCCAGAGCCCAACACAGGCUCCCCUGAGACAGCACAGCCACCAGACCCCCCUCAGGAGCCCCUGAUGCUUCGGCUGAAAUUCCUCAAUGAUUCCGAGCAGGUGGCCAGGGCCUGGCCCCAGGACACCAUCGGCUCAUUAAAAAGGACCCAGUUUCCUGGCCGGGAGCAACAGGUGCGUCUCAUCUACCAAGGGCAACUUCUUGCAGACGAUUCCCAAACCCUGGGCAGCCUUCACUUGCCCCCCAACUGCGUUCUCCACUGUCAUGUGUCCACACGGGUCAGCCCCCCGCAUCCCCCGUGCCCACCGGGGUCGGAGCCAGGCCCCUCAGGGCUGGAAAUAGGCAGCCUGCUGAUGCCCUUGCUGCUUCUGCUGCUGCUGCUGCUCUGGUACUGCCAGAUCCAGUAUCGGCCCUACUUCCCCCAGACCGCCACGCUGGGCUUAGCCGGUUUCACCCUGUUCUUCAGUCUCCUGGCCUUUGCCAUAUACUGGCCGUAGGGCUUCCGCGGGCACUUGGCAAUGCUGCCAGCCCCUCUGGGACGCGCACCAGUGGGAGCUGCUGCCUGCCCAGGCCGGCCUCGCCUCCCUGCCCUUUCUGCCUGGCCUGGAGGCCCGACCCACACCGACAAGGACUCCGGAGGCUGGUGGAGGCCCGUCCCUGUGACCUCCAUGGUGCUGAGCCCACUGCUGGAACUGCUGGCCCUCGGCCCCCGCUGACAGUGGGCCCUUCCAAGCCGGACAGCUGCUGUUGCCCCCUAAACUUUGGGCAGGCUCGAGCAACGUCCCUGGGCCCGUCUUAACGCUCUGCCUGAGAAGCUGGCAACCUGUGGCCCCGACGAAGACUCCUUGGGCUGACCUGGGGACCCACGGACUGGGAGCCUUGUGGGGAGGGCAGAGAGGGUUCUCCGGAACACGUGCAGAUUAAAAAACUGUGAAGUUUUCA